GGAACCUUUCCGGAUAUCAGCUCCAGGACUCAACAUCAUGGAGUAUACAGUGAAUUAUAGCGUGAUAAAGUUAUAAUUUUCACUAAAUUUUCAACUGCACACACUUACCAGUGAACUGUGUGUAAAUCAUCAACUGCCUGUGUAUCAGCUGAUUUCUACACCAGCUUUACAUCCUGAGCAGAAGGAGUAUAAUCCACUGAGAUCAGACUCUUCAGGACUCAACUGCACGUUUGUGGAUACUUUACUAAUAUUCCAAGAUGGAAACUCCUGAUGUUAACACAGAUAAUGCGUCCCCACCCUCUAAAAAACGUAAACUCCAGGAAAAGAGAUCAGAAUCAGCAGGACCUAGCUGUAUCUCCAUGAAGAGUGAUCAGUCUAUGGAUGUUCCUAUGAGGUUUAAAGCUGGAGACUCCUUACCUAUACACAGUAUUCUACAGGAGGCAGGAGACAGAAUAUUAAAGAAGAUCAUCACUGAUACACGGCGCGACCCAGAAUCUACUGCUGUAAAUGAAUUCCAGAAAAAGUUCAAAUUAAAUCUAAUGAAGAAGUUUCAGUUCUUGAAUGGAGUGAUAAUAAACCUGGGAACCCAAACACUCCUGAGUGAGAUCUACACAGAGCUCUACAUCACAGAGGGAGACAGUGGAGAAGUCAAUAAAGAACAUGAGGUGAGACAGAUCGAAGCAGCGUCCAGGAGAAUAACAACAGAGGAAACACCAAUCAAAUGCAAUGACAUCUUUAAACCCUUAUCUGAACAAGACGAACCCAUCAGAUCUGUGCUGACAAAGGGAGUCGCUGGCAUCGGAAAAACUGUCUCUGUGCAGAAGUUCAUAGUGGAUUGGGCUGAAGGGAAAGCAAAUCAGGACGUCCACCUCAUAUUUCCACUUCCUUUCAGAGAGCUGAAUUUGUUAAAGGACCAGAAAUUGAGUCUGAUGGAGCUUCUUGAUGUAUGUUUUAAUGAAAUAAAAGAAACAGAAAUGUUCAGUUUGGAAAAAGUUCUGUUCAUUUUUGACGGAUUGGACGAGUGUCGUUUUUCUCUAGAUUUCCAGAACACAGUGAGAGUGUGUGAUGUAACUGAAUCUGCAUCAGUGCCUGUGCUGCUGAUAAACCUGAUCAAAGGGAAUCUGCUUCCCACUGCUCUCAUCUGGAUCACCUCCCGACCAGCAGCAGCUGAUCAAAUCCCCUCUGAGUGUGUCCAUCGAGUCACAGAGGUACGAGGGUUUAGUGACCCACAGAAGGAGGAGUACUUCAGGAAGAGGAUCAGUGAUCAGAGCCUGGCCAAUAACAUCAUCACACACCUAAAGUCAUUAAGAAGCCUCUAUAUCAUUUGCCACAUCCCAGUCUUUUGCUGGAUUUCAGCCGCUGUUCUAGAGAGAAUGUUGGGUGAAGCAGAGAGUGGAGAGAUCCCCAAGACUCUGACUCAAAUGUACACACACUUCCUCAUCAUUCAGAUAAACAUCAAAAGAGAAAAGUACUCAAAGAAGCAGGAGAGUGACGAAGAAAUGCUACUUAAACUGGGACAACUGGCUUUUGAGCAGCUGAAGAAAGGGAACCUGAUCUUCUAUGAUGAAGACCUAAAAGAGUGUGGCAUUGAUGUGAGAGAAGCAGCAGUGUAUUCAGGUGUGUGUACGCCAAUCUUCAGAGAGGAGUUUGGGCUUCACCAGAGUAAAGUGUACUGCUUUGUUCAUCUGAGCAUUCAGGAGCACCUCGCAGCUCUGUAUGUGCACCUGAUGUUUAUGAUAGACAAUAAAAAUGUUUUUAAAAAGACUCAAACAUCAAAACAAAAGAAGGAAGAAAUUACAAUUUUAGAUUUCCACAAGUGUGCUGUGGAUGAAGCUUUAAAAAGUCAGACUGGACAUCUGGAUCUUUUCCUUCGCUUUCUUCUGGGUCUCUCACUGAAGUCCAAUCAAAAACUCUUACAGGUCUUAGUAACACAGACAGGAAGUAGCUUCCAGAGCACAGAGGAAACAGUUCAGCACAUUAAGUGGAAGAUCAGUAGAGAGCGUUCUACAGAGAAAUCCAUCAAUCUGUUCCACUGUCUGAAUGAACUGGGUGAUAAUUCUCUAGCAAACAAAAUCCAACGCUACCUAAAAUCUGGAAAACUAAGAAAACUCUCUUCUUCACAGUGGUCUGCUCUGGUGUUUGUGUUACUGACAUCAACACAGGAGCUGGAGGAAUUUGACCUGAAUUAUUAUUUCAGUCCAGAUAAGAUAACAGAUGAUGUUCUUCUGAAGGCGAUGCCUGUCAUUGCAGCAUCCAGAAAAGCAAUUAUCAGGUGUGAUAGAAUUGGAGUAAACAGUUGGUCAACUCUGGGAUCAGCACUCAACUCAGAAACGUCCAAACUAAAAGAACUACAUCUGACUGUAAAUACAUUGGAACUGUCAGACAAUACAGUAAGCGACUCAGAAGGAAAGGCUCUCUUUGCUAUACUGGAGAAUCCUUACUGUAAAGUGCACAGCCUGAGGAUUUGGGGUUGUAAUGUCCCAUUUGAAAGCUGGACUGUUGAGACAUCACUUCUGAUAUCAAACCCCUCACACCUGAAACAAGUGGAUCUGUCCUGGCAUAAAGUAGAUGACUCUGGAGUGAAGUGUCUCUCUUCUGUACUUAAGAUUCCUUACUGUAAACUUGAGAAACUGAGGUUGUGGCAUUGUGGUGUCUCAGAUGAAAGCUGUGCUGUUCUGACUUCAGCUCUGAGAUCAAACCCCUUACACCUGAGACAACUGGAUCUGUCUGAUAAUAGAAUAGGAGACUCAGGAGUGAAGUGUCUUUGUGCUGUACUGGAGAAUCCUGACUGUAAACUAGAGACACUGAGGUUGUAUAAGUGUGGUGUCUCGGAUGAAGGCUGUGCUGCUCUGACUUCAGCUCUGAUAUUAAACCCCUCACACCUGAGAGAACUGGAUCUGUCCUGUAAUAAACUAGGAGACUCAGGAGUGAAGUGUCUCUGUGCUGUACUGGAGAAUCCUCACUGUAAACUGGAGACACUGAGGUUGUAUAAGUGUGGUGUCUCAGAUGAAGGCUGUGCUGCUCUGACUUCAGCUCUGAGAUCAAACCCCUCACACCUGAGAGAACUGGAUCUGACUAAUAAUAAAGUAGGAGACUCAGGAGUGAAGGGACUCUGUGCUGUACUGGAGAAUCCUGACUGUAAACUGGAGAUACUGGGGUUGUGUGGUUGUGGUGUCUCAGAUGAAGGCUGUGCUGCUCUGACUUCAGCUCUGAGAUCAAACCCCUCACACCUGAGAGAACUGGAUCUGUCUAAUAAUAAAGUAGGAGACUCAGGAGUGAAGUGUCUCUGUGCUGUACUGGAGAAUCCUGACUGUAAACUGAAGACACUGAGGUUGCGUGGUUGUGGUGUCUCAGAUGAAGGCUGUGCUGCUCUGACUUCAGCUCUGAGAUCAAACCCCUCACACCUGAGAGAACUGAAUCUGUCUAAUAAAAAAAUAGGAGACUCAGGAGUGAAGUGUCUCUGUGCUGUACUGGAGAAUCCUCUCUGUAAACUGGAGACACUGAGGUUGCGUGAUUGUGGUGUCUCAGAUGAAGGAUGUGCCGCUCUGACUUCAGCUCUGAGAUCAAACCCCUCACACCUGAGACAACUGGAUCUGUCCUUUAAUAAACUAGGAGACUCAGGAGUGAAGUAUCUCUGUGCUGUACUGGAGAAUCCUCACUGUAAACUGGAGACACUGAGGUUGUGUGAUUGUGGUGUCUCAGAUGAAGGCUGUGCUGCUCUGACUUCAGCUCUGAGAUCAAACCCCUCACACCUGAGACAACUGAAUCUGUCUAAUAAUAAAGUAGGAGACUCAGGAGUGAAGUGUCUCAGUGCUGUACUGGAGAAUCCUGACUGUAAACUGGAGACACUGGGGUUGUGGGAUUGUGGUGUCUCAGAUGAAGGCUGUGCUGCUCUGACUUCAGCUCUGAGAUCAAACCCCUCACACCUGAGAGAACUGGAUCUGUCCUUUAAUAAAGUAGGAGACUCAGGAGUGAAGUGUCUCUGUGCUGUACUGGAGAAUCCUCACUGUAAACUGGAGACACUGAGGUUGUGUGAUUGUGGUGUCUCAGAUGAAGGCUGUGCUGCUCUGACUUCAGCUCUGAGAUCAAACCCCUCACACCUGAGAGAACUGGAUCUGUCCUUUAAUAAAGUAGGAGACUCAGGAGUGAAGUGUCUCUGUGCUGUACUGAAGAAUCCUCACUGUAAACUGGAGACACUGAGGUUGUGUGGUUGUGGUGUCUCAAAUGAAGGCUGUGCUGCUCUGACUUCAGCUCUGAGAUCAAACCCCUCACACCUGAGAGAACUGAAUCUGACCUGGAAUUAUGUAGGAGACUCAGGAAAGAAGCUGCUCUCUGCUCUUAAGGAUGAUGAACAUUUUAAACUACAGACACUGAAGGUGUGAUGAACAUCUUUGUGUGAUGAAGACUCCGGUGUUCCUGCGUCUCCAUGUUGGUGAUAGAGAACAUGCUCAUAAACACAUCAUUCAUUUAGUUAUAACACAUUAAACAGACUCAGAGACGUGAGAAGUGUGUGUUCAUCGUGCACAGUGAAUCACAGACUGAGUGAACACAGACAAGUGGAGUGACACAAGUCAUCAAAUCUGCCAGUUCUGUUAUGAAAUAAAUGAAACAUCAGCCUUGUUGUGGUCGCUGCUCGUCCAAACACAUUCAUGGACCAAAAUUAACUGUUGUAUGACGUAGGUUUGAUGGGUCAUGUGAUUAUUCUGUGUUUUUGAUUACUGUUAUUUUUUAUUAUAUAUCUUUUUUCUUAUGCAUGCUUUUUUAUUGCUGUUUUGUUGGGUUCACAAUUAAAAUGACAAAUGACAUUGUAUUUAAGUCCUUUUAAGCCCAAUCCCAAUUCUACCCCUUACCCCUACACUUAGCCCUACCCCUCUGUUUGGAGCGUUCACGUAAAGGGGUAGGGGUGUCUCAUUUCUCUUUUGGUUGGAGGGGUAGGGGUAAGGGGAAGGGCCAGAUAGCCCUCCAAACGAAGAUUUUUCGGGACCUCACUUCCAACGAAGGGCUAAGCGAAAUUUUCAUCAUGGCUGCUCACUCGAGCAAGCAGACCCAUAAAUGUAACUAAUUUUUGCCAUUAACAAGGAUUUUUAUGACAAGUUUUCAUUAUAUGUAUAUUACCUUUAGUCUUGUGUUUGUGUUUAUGGUGAU